AUGCGAGAAGGCAGAGGAAGGAGAGGAGAGAAAGGACAGAGGGGGGAGAGAGUAGAUGAGAGAGGACAGAGUAGGAAGAGGAGAGGGGAAAGGCCAGGAGGGGAGAGAGAGAGAGAGAGGCCAGGAGGGAGAGGAGAGAGAGGAGAGGCCAGGAGGGAGAGGAGAGAGAGGAGAGGCCAGGAGGGAGAGGAGAGAGAGGAGAGGCCAGGAGGGAGAGGAGAGAGAGGAGAGGCCAGGAGGGAGAGGAGAGAGAGGAGAGGCCAGGAGGGAGAGGAGAGAGAGGAGAGGCCAGGAGGGAGAGGAGAGAGAGGAGAGGCCAGGAGGGAGAGGAGAGGCCAGGAGGGAGAGGAGAGAGAGAAGAGGCCAGGAGGGAGAGGAGAGAGAGGAGAGGCCAGGAGGGAGAGGAGAGAGAGAAGAGGCCAGGAGGGAGAGGAGAGAGAGGAGAGGCCAGGAGGGAGAGGAGGGAGAGGAGAGGCCAGGAGGGAGAGGAGAGGCCAGGAGGGAGAGGAGAGAGAGGAGAGGCCAGGAGGGAGAGGAGAGAGAGGAGAGGCCAGGAGGGAGAGGAGAGGCCAGGAGGGGGAGGAGAGAGAGGAGAGGCCAGGAGGGAGAGGAGAGAGAGGAGAGGCCAGGAGGGAGAGGAGAGAGAGAAGAGGCCAGGAGGGAGAGGAGAGAGAGAAGAGGCCAGGAGGGAGAGGAGAGAGAGAAGAGGCCAGGAGGGAGAGGAGAGGCCAGGAGGGAGAGGAGAGAGAGGAGAGGCCAGGAGGUAGAGGAGAGAGAGAAGAGGCCAGCAGGGGGAGGAAAGAGAAGAGUGGCCAGGAGAGAGAGGAGAGGCCAGGAGGGAGAGGAGAGAGAGGAGAGGCUAGGAGGGAGAGGAGAGAGAGGAGAGGCCAGGAGGGAGAGGAGAGGCUAGGAGGGAGAGGAGAGAGAGGAGAGGCCAGGAGGGAGAGGAGAGAGAGGAGAGGCCAGGAGGGAGGGGAGAGAGAGGAGAGGCCAGGAGGGAGAGCACAGAGGAUGGAGAGGCCAGAAAGUAGGGAGAGGCUAGGAGAGAGAGAACAGAGGAAGGAGAGGAGAUAG